GAAUCGCGCCUGGCCGCGACGACGCGCCCGGUGCGGUGCGGUGUCGCCGGCGCGCGAGGGAAUCGCACGCGCGUCGUCGGACGCCGAGCCCGACCACGGCGUCGCGUCACGCACCCACCGCCACCGACGCGGCAUACGGCGGUGCCCUGGAGCCCUUUUCUCGUUGAAAUCUCAGGUCUCCGCCCUGUCGCCUUCCCCUGGAUUAAUCUGGCCCGUGCGCUCGGUCGUGCGCCUACCACCGCCUCGCCCCACCUCACCUCAGAGCGGGCUGCGUCAGCCAACCGGAGCCGGACUCGCCCAGAAGACGAAAGCUCCUCUCCUCCGUUCUUCUGGCGGCGAUCUUGGACCACUAGCCCCGAAGAACGACAAGCUCAGAGACGGCUGGAAGAUCCGGCUUCCCUGCUCCGAGACGCAGCCCAGCCCUGUCCCAAGGGAUGCUUUAAUGCUCCGGUCGUACCUAACUCAGAAGGUCAGAAUAUCUUGGCACUCGUCCUGUCAAUCGGUCACAUACCUUCAAGGGCAUUCGCUUUCGCAGUUGCCGUGACCGGAAAAGCACAAAGGAAGUUUCAACCUGAUCUCCUGAGGAUUGUUGCUGCUUCGCCGAGAGGCACCUUGCAGGGAUCAUUGAUUUCCUUCAGGAUCAACUGCUGACCGCAGGCAGGAGGAGGAGGCGCAGCGAAGGGAGGGGAGGUGGUGGUGGGGCUCGUCAUUACGGCCUUUUCCCUAGCAGCACAGCUCACUCCAGCAGCGGCAGCGACAGCAGGGGAAAGCAAAGCAAAGGAGCGGCACGCCAUCACCAUGGCAGAGGAGAAGAAGAAGCAUAAGCACAACAAGCACAAGGAGAAGAAGGACAAGGCCGGCGGCGCGGCUGCGGCGGCGGAGGCGAGCUUCAAGCCGUGCGGCGACGUGAAGGGCAUCCGCUUCGGCGGGCAGUUCAUCGUCAAGUCGUUCACGGUGCGGCGCGCGUCGCCGCUGGAGCUCCUCCGGCUGCUGGACAUCCCGCCGUCGUUCCUGAGCGAGCUGCAGAGCCUGCCGUUCCCGUCCACCACCGCCUACAUGCCCACCAGCUUCACCAUCCUGGCGCACCAGGCGUGGCACACGCUCACGCUCGGCCUCGGCACCAAGAAGUCCAAGGUGGUGCUCUUCGUCUUCGAGUCGGAGGCCAUGAAGGCGGCCGUGGACCAGCUGUGGCCGGCCAUGAUCCCGCUCGGGGACGUCAACAAGAAGCUCAUCCGCGGCCUCACCGGCAGCGAGAUGGCGCGCUUCAAGUUCAGGAAGGGGUGCCUCACCAUCUACGUCUACGCGGUGCGCCGGCUGGGAGCCGCGGGCUUCGUGCGCGCCGACGACCUCAGGAGGAUACUGCAGGCCGUGGUGGAGCUCAAGGACUUCUUGGAUCACACCGCCAUGCUCGCCAUGCCCAGCCAGAGGAGCAUCACCUUGCAGUCCCGGGGCACCGUGGCUCAAUGAUGAUCCUCCGGUCCACCAGGCCACGGGCACGGCCACGAGAGUCCCUUGCUCCAUCCAUUUCUGCAGUGCAGGUACUGUUAUUGGCUCGCAGUUUGCAAAGAAAUAUCUGAUUCUUUUGGGUUCGAUUAGUUUGUUCACUGUCGGUGUUCGCCUCCCCUGCCGGGAGCUGUAUAGAUCUAUAUGUGGAGAAAAAUGUUGAAACAGAUUAAGCAUAGAGAUUUUCCCAAAGGAAAGUCCAGGAUCUUACACUUUUAGUAUACUCCUGCCUCUGAGAUAAAAAUAUUUCAUCAAUGAAGCCAUCUGUUGUGUUCUAUGAGAGGCAUUUUCAUGUAGCAUUGUACAGCACACUCGUUUGCUACAGCCGUGGUACUGUUGUACAGGUUUUGGAAA